GAAUUCUCUUUACUUUUAUUCGAUUACACUACUGAUUGCUUUAAUUUAUACUAGAUCAUGACAAAGGUAUUGGAUAUUGACAUGCUUUUCAUUUGACCUUAUUUGUUCCCGGGACUAUGGUCGACUUCACGUUUUAUUUUAGCGACGGAUGGUUGGGGGUAUGAGAGAUGAUAGUUUGGUGAUAAUAACACAUCUAUGUUUAAAGCUGCAAAUGCUCUGGUUCUCUUCUCAGUGGUUAUAUGUCACCUAAAUAUUUGGUGCGUAAGCCUGUCAACACUGCCUAUACCACCACUAAGAACCAAUGUAACCCGUCAUUUUCGUGUUGGUUCAGACAUAACUUUGAGGUGUGGAGAAAAUCAUCAUCUAAACCCAACUCUUAUCUUAUGGCUUGACCCUUCGAACAAAACAACGUCUAAAGAAACCAUAUCGUUAAGGAAUGCUAGCGUUGCGCAAUCUGGGGAGUAUUAUUGCCGGCUGUUUCAUAAUGGAGACUUGAAGUACCACCAGUCAUUAUUCAUUGUAAUACAAGAUAAACCGUUCUCUCCAACGUCUAUUCUCAUCCAGGCACUGUCUGAAAGCUCAAUGAACGCGUCAUGGGUCUGUGGAAAUAGUCAAAAUAGUCCCAUUUCUCUUCAUACUGUCUAUUUGCAUGACAAUAAUAGCUUAGUUUUACAAAAGAACGUAUCAUCCCCUCUGUCCAGCACAACACUUCAUAAUUUGAAGCCCUAUACUUGCUACACUUUGUAUAUUCGCGCUUUGAAUGACAUUGGUUGGAGUGAAUUCAGUAAACCCAGUCACUCACUCACUCUUCCUGGUUUGCCUGUUGCUCAUCCAUCAGUUCACAUCAUCAAUGUUUCCAGUCACUCAAUUUCUGUAGAUGUAGGUAUCGCAACUCUAAAGGAUAUCAUUCAAGAUAACGUCAAAAGAUGUAUAGAUCAAGAUGCUCGAUUUAUAUCGUUACUACAUGGCCCACUGGUCGGUUACAUUGUCACAGUUGCUACAAUUCAGCCUUACAAGUUUGCUUCAAAAACUUUUUACAAUGCAUCUGAAUCAUUCUCACAGGUUGUAGAUAUAUCCGAUCUGAAGCCAUACACACGGUACAAUUUGUCGUUCGCUUUUUAUAAUGGUCGUUUUUCGGGCCCGUUCACGUCUUUGGUUGCUUCAACUACAGAAGGGAUUCCCGGGAAGCCAAGGAUAAAAAACUUCGAAAGUUCACCCAACUCAUUGUCGAUUGACUGGGAAAGUAAUGCUGAUGCAGUGGGGAAAAUACUUGCCUAUAAAUUAGAACUUCACACAUGUUCCAAAAACGAUACCCAGAGUUCUAAAAGGUUAAAAACUGUUCAGGUGGAUUCAAAGGAGUUACAGUUCGUGUUUGGGAAUCUGGAUCCCAACACCUGCUACGUUAUUCGCGUGGCAUCUGCUACAAAAGCUGGAUUUGGACAUUUCAGUGAAAUCGAAGUCCGCACUAAAUUUGAAGCUCCAUCACCACCUGUUGCUGUUGGCGCUUUUCUUUUGGAGACCAAUGAUAUUUUGAUUAACUGGACUUGCUCAAAUGAAUCCUCAUCAAUAUUAAAAAAUCCACAGUAUUUGGUCUGUUGGCACUUUCACUCCUUUAUUUCUGAACAAAAAUGUUUGCUCACUCAGACAUCAAACAAAAAGGAAUUAGCAUACUGUUACUGUGACCAACAACAACAAUUUCAAUGGACUGUUAUUCCAUUGUCCGUGUUUAAAGAAGCAAAAUCUGGUCGAAUUAUCUUUACUAUUCGAUCCAGUAUCUCUCAAACAAAUUGUACUGAUUACGUAAACUGCGAGAUACAAAGUGAGAACUCAAACGAAAUAAGUUUAAAUCUGUCUUCUUCUACACGAAGAUACUUUCAUACAACUCCGAAAUAUCAUCUCAAGUUAGAUAAUAUUGCAAUUGUUGGGAUAGUUUCUAUUACUCUUCUGGUUUUCUUCUGCGUGAUAAUUGGUGCAUGUUUUGCCAAUCGAGUUCAUUGUUUUCUUAUCAUGUGUCGUGAUACGGGUUCUUGUUAUCGCAAAACCGAUAUAUCAACUAAAUACAAACGUAUUACACCAUUUCAUCUAAGUAAAAACACAUACAAAGCUAUUUCAAGCAAAGAAUUUCGUGCCCAUGUUAAUGCUUGCCAUGCUGAUGAUGAUGCUGGAUUUCAAGCAGAGUUCGAGUCGUUAGAACAAAAUGUGCAAACAAACUGGUCAACUUCCGUUGCUCGUUCUUCAGAAAACAUAGCCAAAAAUCGAUACUCCAACAUUUUGGCUUAUGAUCAUUCGAGAGUUAUACUUAAGGAAACAGGCAGUAAAAGUGAUUAUAUCAAUGCAAAUUAUGUCGAUGGUUAUCAUCGUCGAGCAGCAUAUAUCGCUGCACAAGGUCCUAUCCCGUCUACUUUCGAUGAUUUCUGGUUGAUGGUAUGGGAGCAAAAUAGCAACGUCAUCGUUAUGAUAUCUAACUUCGUUGAACGUGGUCGUCGUAAAUGUGACAAGUAUUGGCCCAGUUCAGGUCACCAAACGUAUGGGAACGUUUCAGUUCGUAUGAUUUCUGAAGUUGUACGGGCUUUCUUCACUAUCCGAGUGUUUACUGUUCGACAUAUCAAGACUAAACGUGGUUCUAAAGAUCGUUUAGUUUAUCACUAUCAAUACACAGAUUGGCGAGAUUUUGAUGUACCUCCUUCCCCUCUUCCGGUUCUGAAGUUCGUAGAAGCCUCGGUCACGCAUUGGACAUUUGACAAAGGUCCUAUUGUUGUCCACUGCAGCGCUGGCGUCGGACGAACCGGUACUUACAUCUGUAUCGAAAGUUUGAUACGGCAGCUAAAGGUAGAACAAGCUGUUUCUGUUCGGGGGUUCCUGGAACACAUUCGUCAACAACGCAUGAAACUUGUCCAAACAGAACAACAAUAUGCUUUUAUUCAUGACGCAUUACGUGAGUAUAUUCUUUAUCCGUAUCAUUCAAUUCGUCCGCUGGACUUCAGCGAUUACUUGCGACAUUUAUAUGAACUAGAUUCAACAGGUACAUCCAAUUUAAUGAAACAAUUUGAAAUGUGUAUGGAUUUCAGAUGUGAUUCUACCGGUUCUUUGCAUAGUGGAACCCUGAGUGUUGAUCAAACGAAAUUACCCAUGUGUACAAGUAUUACUGAUGGUUCAGGCAUUGAUUCGUCCGUUCUUCAUGGUUUUCUGAAUGUUUGCGAGUAUAUAGUUACUCGUCAUCCUUUAGGUAACAGUGUAACUGAAUUUUGGAAAGUAGUUUGGGACGCUAAUUCUUCUUUAAUUGUAUGUUUGUCUGAUCAAAAUUUGUUACCAUUUUGGCCUGAUGAAGUUGAACAGACAAGAACAAUCGGUUGGUUGCAUAUAAAUUUUGCUCGAAUGGAUCAGUGCGGUGAUUCGUUAGUACGAUUUCAAUUCUUACUAACAUCUGAUCGAGAAGAUUAUGCACUAGCAUGUACCCUUUUGCAUUUUAAUGCAUGGCCUUCUAUUGAUUUAGAAAAUCCCCAUGAAUCAAGGAUUGCAUCAGAUUUACUUGAAUUGGCUACACACUUAGCAAAUGAUAAUCCGGAAUUCUCUAAUUCUUCCGCUCCUAUUGUUUUAGUAGAUAACGCUGGAGGUUAUCGUGUUGGCAUAUUUUGUGCAAUUCGUAUUUUAAUUAGCCAAUUUUUAAGUGAUCUUAUACUCGAUGUAUACUUCGUUUUCAAAAUGUUGUGCCUACAACGACCUCAUUUGUUUAGGGGUUAUUGGGAUUUGGAAUUCGUGUAUACUCUUCUGCAAUAUUAUUUGAAGAAUGAAUUGUCACCUUCUUGGCAAUCGAAUUCAAUAGGUUCACGUUAUGCAACUUUAUAUUAUAUGCUAGAAGGACGAGAUAAUUCCAACAAAGUAUCAACCAUCGAACAACAUACAUCUCCUAGGCGAAUAUUAGGUAACUUAUUUUCUGGUCGUCGUCGAUUAACUGAUCCGAAAUGUCAACGUCCUACUCGAAGUAAUAACGAUUCACUUUUGUUUAAUGAAACUACUACUAUUAGUCGAAAUAAUUCUCUUUGUAAUCACACUAACUAUAAUAAUUCAUUUUUAAAACACACCAGUCAACAUCUAUGCAACAGUAUUAGUAAUAGAACCAGCAUAUUUACGGAUCCAUAUCAUCAAGAAGAACCACUUUUAUCAAAUCAUUUUUCAAAUCAUCGUGGACAUGCAGUGUGUCGUUUACUAUCAAAACACCAAUCUGUUGAAUUUCCUUCAUUCCAGUCUAUUAACAAUCAUAAUAAUAACAGUAGAAAUUAUUUUACUGGGAAUCAAAUGGAAUAUCCCACCCUAUGAUUUACGUAUUGUACGUAAAUAUAAGCGCCGUAAAAUAACUUCGUAGCUUCUCCGUUAAAAUAUGUUUGCAAUUGUAAAUGAGGAUCUGUUUUUUUAAAAAAAAAACGUUUUAUAUUUUUUAUUUGUUCAAUGUUGUUACUUUGUUUACUAGAUUACUUGUUUCACUUCUGUUAUACCCAUGUGCGCUCUUAUCUUGAAUAUAUAUAUCAGCAUUUAACUUGAUCUGCUUAUAUUAUGUUCUCUAUUAUAUUUUUUCCUGUUGUAUUUUACUUUGUUUUAAUUAACCUUGGUUAUUAUGAAGUGUUAUUGACAUUUACAUAUUACUUUGUGUGCUUAAUAUUAUCCUAGACAAAAACUAAUAAUCUAGUCUACAAGUGAAAUCAGCAAUUCAUUUUUCAAGUGAUCCUGGUUAAACUAGGUGACUAAUAAGUUUGUUCAACUUACUGCUAUUAGGCUUGUUUUUCGUCCUAAUGCGGUAUAAUUAUCUCCUGGUAUCAUAUAUACCAUCGGUAGUCGAGUCGCUGUGAAUUAUUCAUAAUUGUGUGUAUUGUUUUGAUCCCAGACAUAGGUAUAUUGUCAAUGGUGUCAAGGAUUUUUAUUUGUAAAUUCUCACAUUUCUAGGAUAGCAAUAUUAUCUGCGCAUUUUGUUAUUUAUUUCUAUUUUCGUUCAAUCUAGUUUUUGAGUUUCCUCUUAGAUUACUUAAGGUUGUUGAUACUGUGAAAAACUAUCUUAUAACUACUUUCUUUUUUAUGAAAAUAUCUGUUUUACUAUUUUUAAUUUUAAAUAAUAUAAAUUACAAAAUCCAUUUUGGCUUUUGUUUUUUUGUAUGCUAGUUGGUGUCUAUUUGUGUUUUCUAAUCAGGACUGAUAGUUUGUUUGGUUUUAUGAUGAGUUACGAUUGUGAGUUUAAUAUAUCUUUGUGCCGUUAGUGAAGAACGUGAAGAAUUUAUAUUGGUAGUAAUAUAUGCUAAAAGUUACUCUAUUUUAACUGUAUGAUUUGUGCACCGUUUAUGUUUUCAUAUGCAGUUUACAAGUCUGAUAUAGGUGUGUAUUCAAUGUGAAGAGAGAUAUAAAUAAUCUUAACUGCUGCUUUAGGUUGGUCGCUUUUUACAUUAACUUCAAUAUUUCCAUGCAACUAAACAUAUUACUGUGGAAGUAGAUAACGUGUCCUAUGUAAUUCACAUUUAUAUUUGAUAUGUUUGUCUUUUUGCUAACAGUAUGACAAAGUGGUUUAAUAAUUAAUAUUUUAAUAGACAUAAUUUCUUCAGUUUUAGGAUAUUUCAAACAUGUCUAGUCGUGAGGCUCCAGCAUCUAUUUCAGCUAUUCGUAAUCCAAACAGUCAGCUUGCUGGUCUACCACCUAGACCUCCUCUUUCAGAUGCCGCUUUGUUUUCUUUGAUUUUAACUGUUCGGGAGGCUGGUCGGCGUUUAGCAAUGAGUGAUUACGCCAUCGCCACAGCUUGCACAAUAUUACACCGAGCUCUACGUGUUCUCACUACUGGUGAUGAACAACCAGUUGCAACACUCGCUACUUCUGGGUCAGCAACUGUCAAUGGAUCUGAUUCAGUUUCUGGUUUCGACUCAAUCGACCAAUCUUUUAAACAUAGCUUGGGAGAUAUCGAUGCACAUACGAUUGCUAUGGCAUCUAUCAGCCUUGGCGGUAAAGUACAAGAAGAACACCAACGGCUGCGUGAUGUGAUUGUUUCUUAUUACAGGACACUUCACAAAAACCGUCGUAGUCCUUUGGAAGUCGGUGAUGAUUAUGAUCGUUUACGGGAAAGUCUUGUACAAACUGAAUUAUUUCUGAUGCGACUGUUAGCUUAUCACGUUCGUCGUCCCUCUCUACCACAUCCAUAUCUAGUUCAUUAUCUUCAUUCAUUACUCCAUUGGGUUGGUAAAGGUAUAGCACAGCCAUGCGGGUCCGAUUUGAACGCUGGUGGAAAUUCAGUAAAUGCUUCUGCAAUUGCAUUAGCACGACUUCCUGGUUUGGCUUGGUCAAUACUGGCGGAUUCUUACCAGUCAGCUAUGUGUUUAGAUUUCGCCCCAGAGCAUAUCGCUGCAGCCGUACUGCAUUUAGCUUUACGGAUUGCUGGUGUUGAAAUACCUGGUAAUCGGCACUCUGAAAUGGCCUGGUGGCAGGCUAUUUCAGAUAGUUUGUCCCGUGAAAUAGUUGAACAAAUCCAACUUCGAGUAAUGGAUAUUUAUGCAGUGGAUGAUAAAUUUAAAGCCAGUACACUUAAUCGUUUCACUGAUGAAUUUUGAGGAUGUUGGCGAACACCUUUGCAUUUUUUUAUACUGUUUUUCAUGUACAUUCGAAAUGUAUUGUAAAGAAAAUUUAAUAUUGAAAUUUGUUAACAUCCUAGUCGUUUUUCAUUGUGUUUCUUUCCACACUUCCCGUUUCUCAUUUGACGAUUUAAAAUGGUCCUGAACAUAGAUUAAUCAAAAGUUUUCUGAAAUUCUAUUUCCACUGCAGACACUCGAUUCUUUGAAUAUCACAAAGUAUCAAUCGUGUUUUUCAAUAAGAUUCAUAUACAUACGUAUACUUGUUACUGUUUUUUUCUGUAUUCCUGCUUUCUACAAACGUCACAUAGUUUCUUAUUGUGUUCAUCUUCUUAGAACUGCUUUUUGAUGUAUCCACUGGCGGAUUUAAAUAAAUUGUAUCAGGUGAAUUUUUUCCCCAGUAACUACUAUUUGUAGUUUGCAGCCUCCAUUAGGUGGCAUUAAAAACCUCAAAAGUGCACUCCCAUUAAUUCUUCAAUGAUCGUAGUCAUCACCUUGGGGUAUUGUGACGAACAUAUAACCAUUAAAACCACUGUGUCUAACGAUGUUUACCACCUGUAAUAGAUUAUUCCUCAUUUGAUUAGCUUCACCUACUGCCCUGUGUUUAUGAAAAAAAGAGAAACCUUUAUCAGAAUCAAAAGUGAAGUUUAUCAAAUAAAACUCAUCUUUUGAUGCUAACUAUUUACUUAAGUAAAUUAUCAGUAAAAUAGUUGUAUAUUUCUUAUGAAGCUAAAAUGUGCCUUGAUCUUAUUCCCUUUCUUGGGUCGAUAUUUAACCUUUCAUAAAUAAGCUUUUGUUUUAUCACGACGCUGUUUUAGAAAACGCGUUACAAAUGAAUCGCCGAUACUUGCUCUCAUAUUUUUUGACAUAUUCGUGGCUGCUUUCACGUUAUAUAUUUUUCGGACAUAGCUACCGUUUGGCUGUUCAAGGCAUGUAAAUAAUUCCUACGUAUUAUACUUGGAAAUCGACUAGUGAAUUCUGUUUGAACAGAUUAGUUUUCUUUUGGAAAUACUUUCACUUAUCCGAAAUUCAUCUUAACCAGACUGAUAUAUUUUAUGAACAUGAUUUGCAUUUUUCAAUGGGUUUUAUUAUUCUCAGCAAAAAAUUUCCAAUUGCAAAUUAUGGGAAUGACCAAAGUUUUGUCAGUUCAAAAAACUUGCCGGUAUUAUACAUUUUUGGUCAAUAUCUAAGUUAUCUUCUCUGAAUCUCUACUCAAAACACUAACUGGGAGGAUCCAGACAUAUCACGGGCCUUUAAUCACAUGCUAUCUCAAGUCCAAACGCUAGGUGAAAUAUAAGCGAAAUUCGUAUUCACUAUUCGAGUCUGGGAGCUAUACCUUCCUUCAGUCUUUUUAUUUGUGUACUGAGUUUUGGAUACAGUAGGAAUUGUAAGUCGUAAUUGAAUCAAAACAACACAAUUCUGGUGACGAGGUUAAAUAAUCGCAAUUUCACAUCAGACGAA